AAUAGUCCCAGAUGCUGCCGUCUAUGUCAGAGCUCUGAAAUGGAAGUUAAUCGGAAGUCAUAUCGACUGAUAUCCUUAAGUUCAAGAGCUGAACGAGGAGUUUUCACAACCAAUCAAUUCAAGAUUGUUGUUAUGGCCAAGGCAAUGCCUCUUAAUUUCUUAUUGCCCCAAUGGAGGCUAUGGGGUUUCGUCCUUGCUCACUCUCCUACAUUUGCCUAAUUGAGGAUCCAAAGAGGAGUAGACGCUACCAUAUUCCAAGAAUUGAUGGUUUACGGGCUUUGGCCAAACCUGAUAUUUUUCAAUGUUUUGCUUGGAGGGUGUUUGGAGAAAUGCCUCGUAGGGGUUGCAGUGAAGGUGUUAAUGGUAAUGGAUGAAUUGGGUUUUCCUAGAAACCAAGAAAUAUACAUGGGAUCCUUCUGGAUUACCAUGUCAAUGAUGGACCUUGGUCAACAAUUAAUGGGAUGAAGCAGAAGGGGCUUCAACUAAAGUCAUUCGUUUAUUGGUCUCUAUAGAGGGAAAGGAAUGUGGAAGAGAUCAAUGCUUGUUAUGCAAGAGAUGAGGGAGAUGGGUGUAUCAUCGGACAAGCAAAUUUGUGACAGCACUAUGCAGUGAGUAGGGUGGGUUAAGUGAAGCCUACGAAGUCUUUGAUAAGAUUCAAGAAGGCAUUUUUGGACAUUACCAACUCAGAAUUGUAAGGCUGGAGAUCUCACUAAAUGCUAUGGUUUCAUUCCAUUAUUUAGCCGUUUGGGAGAGCAAUGAACGGGGGAUAUGAUAAAAAGGACAUUUUUGGACUGAUGGAAUGGUGCCAUUUAUACCAUUUAUUAUUUAAAGACUUGCAGAAUACAUUUCGAUGUCAAACCAAAACUGGAAUCUAUAUUUAUGGUAUGAUUCAUACCAAUCCUGAGCACAACCCCAAGCCAAUAUAAAGAUGAUGUAUGUGAAUUUCUUGACUCCCAUCCAGAACACACCCAAAGGCAAUAUAAAGGUGGUGUAUAUAUGAAUUUUUAAGAGAUACAUACAUCACCUUCCUCCACCAGAAUCUUACUCUUCUCCAUCUACAUGGGUCUUUCUUGGUUUCUGGUUUUAGCUUCAGUUCUUCUCAGUGCUGCUUCAGCUUGCUCUGAUGGACAGUGCAAGUUACUGGACAUUUGCUCAACCGACGGAGAUUGUCAAGCUGGCCUCUAUUGUUCCGAAUGUCUACAAGGAUUUUCAGGUUCUAGAUGCAUAAGAUCAACCAUUACAGAUCAGUUCAAGCUUCUGAACAAUUCUCUGCCUUUCAACAAAUAUGCAUUUUUGACAACCCACAAUUCUUAUGCUAUUGAGGGAGAGCCGUCUCAUACAGGAUUCCCUCGAGUCACAUUUACCAAUCAACAAGAUAAUAUCACCCAACAGCUAAAUAAUGGAGUACGAGCCUUGAUGCUUGAUACGUAUGAUUUUCAUGGAGAUAUUUGGUUGUGCCAUUCUUUCGGUGGGAAAUGCUAUGACUUUACUGCAUUUGAACCCGCUAUAGAUACACUGAAGGAAAUCGAAGCUUUCUUGUCAGCCAAUCCUACAGAAAUUGUCACAAUAAUUUUAGAAGAUUAUGUUGAAGCCCCAAAUGGAUUGACAAAGGUCUUCACUGAUGCUGGCCUGAUGAAAUACUGGUUUCCAGUGGCAAGUAUGCCCAAAAAUGGCGAAGACUGGCCAUUAGUUAGCGACAUGGUUGCCAAAAACCAAAGGCUCCUUGUUUUCACUUCAAAGAAAUCCAAGGAAGCCAGUGAAGGAAUUGCUUACCAGUGGAAUUACAUGGUAGAAAAUCAGUACGGGGAUGGAGGAAUGCAUGCCGGAAGUUGUCCUAACAGAGCAGAAUCAUCUGCACUUGAUGACAAAUCGAAAUCAUUGGUGUUGGUAAACUACUUUAGGUCUGAACCAUUGAAGCUGCUGUCUUGUGGUGAUAACUCUGGAGAUCUCCUUAAUAUGCUUAACACUUGUUAUGGCGCAGCGGGCAACCGAUGGGCUAAUUUUGUUGCUGUUGAUUACUACAAGAAGAGUGAAGGUGGAGGAGCAUUUCAGGCUGUGGACACUAUGAAUGGGGAGCUGCUGUGUGGUUGCAAUGAUGUCCAUGCCUGUGUGAAAGGAUCAUCUUCAGCAGCUUGCACUGCUCUUAGCAUGUCAAAUUCAACAGCAAAUUCAACAGUAAACAUAAAAGAAUAAGAUUGGAUUUGCCGGAGCGCUGCACCAGAGAAAGAAAAUAAAAAACAUUACUUUAUUUCUUGUAGGGUUCAUUGCUAUGUUUUCAUGUGUAAUGGGUGUCUCUCUUGAGAUUGGUUAGUCCUUAUCAUUAUUCAUUGCCCUCAUCG